CAAAUGAUUGAUCGCUAAAACGACCACGAAAAAUUCGACGACGAGUAUGUAUAGCACAACUGAGGUUGACCGAGAUUCUUGAGCGACAUCAUCUUCGAUCAGUAUCAGCAAUAAAAAAUAAUGAGUGCGGACACAUACACGCUCACCUUCACGUACUAGAGCACCACUAUCAACAUAUCAUGUCGAGUGGUGCCGAGCGACACGCUGCGCGCGUCGCGCGAUUGCAGCAACAGCCUGACAGGAUACGAAAUGUCUGUCUCAUAGCUCAUGUAGACCACGGGAAAACGAGUCUGUGCGACUCCUUAGUGGCGAGUAAUGGUUGGAUCUCCAGGAAAGUAGCAGGAAGUCUACGAUUCCUCGAUAGUCGAGAAGAUGAGCAGGUAGUGAUUAGGAGGUUUAGUACUAUUUUUCAAGCUAGAUGAUCAUCAUGAGGAGUGAUGAUUUCCUGUGUAUCUAUGAUGCAGCUUGAGCGCAGCGCCACCAGGUUUUGAUAGAUUAGAACGAGUAAUGCACGUUUCGACUAGAGAUGAACUUGAUAAUAACAAGUCCGCCUUGUCUGUAAGAAGUAGAUCUCCUAUUCCUUGUGAACACACAUCAUAUGAAAUUGAAAUCCAUCAGGCUCGCAUGAUCACGAUGAAAUCAAGUGCGAUUUCACUAUGUUGGACCGACAAGCAGGGUCAACAGCAACAAGCGUCCUCUAGUAGUGCAACGUCAGGGGAUGCAAGAAUAUUAGCAGCGCAAGGGCAAGACCAACCUACGCAAACUCAUGCUGCUAGUGCUACGACGACAUCAACUACAGCUGCAUCAACAUCUGCAUCUUCCUUGUCCACUACGACAGCAGCUGCAUCCUCCUCUAUUCCUCAACCUCUUCCUGCAUCACGGGCAACAACAGCGCCAGAGGAGUACUUGAUAAAUGUGGUGGAUAGUCCUGGCCACGUGGACUUUACGUCUGAGGUGUCGACAGCAACCAGACUUUCGGAUGGUGCGAUUGUCUUAGUAGAUGUCGUUGAGGGCAUCAGCAGUCAGACGCGAGAAGUGCUACGGCAGGCAUGGAGGGAUCAGCUGAAGACCAUCUUGGUUUUGAACAAGAUGGACCGACUCUUCAUCAAUCUGAAGUUGACUCCGGAUGAAGCUUGUGUGCAUAUCCAAAAAGUGAUUCAGCAAGUGAAUGCAGCCGCGGCCGAAUUGCUGAUGGCAGAAGUCCACGCAGCAGCGGGAAACCAUGCAGCUACUUCUAGCAGUACAACAGGUAGUACAGGAGGGGGCCAGAAUGAAAUGUCGGCGAGUAACGGUAAUUAUAGUACCAAAACGACCUCCACUGGCACCACAGCUGCAACCGCGGCAGCGACUUCCUCCGCGGCCACCACGGCAACGACUUCAGGCGAAGUGGUGUCUCCGCGUGGCGACCAUGAGUUAGUUUUCGAUAGCGAAAGGGAGCAGUCUUGGACUUACCAUCCGGCCAAAGGCAAUGUCCUAUUCACGUCAGCCAUGCAUGGAUGGGGCUUUAGCGUUGCGCAAUUCGCCUCUUUCAUGGCGAAACGCAUGUCUUGCAGUGAACGCGUGUUGCGGCAAACCCUUUGGGGGGACUACUGGUACAAUCCCAAGGAGAAGAAAAUCUUGAAAAAGCGACCGACCGACGGACCAGAAAGGAGGUUAUUGUUUGCACAGUUUUGUCUAGAUACGAUUGCAAGAUUUUACCAAGCGACAGCGACAUUCGACAACAGCGACAACGCGGCUAUGGGAGGUGGAAGUAGCAGUGCUGCAAAUACAACAAGUGCUGGAUCAAUGAAUUCGAAAAAUGCCAAAGCAGCUUCAUCGGCUUCACCCGAACAUCAGCAACUCGACAUCCCCUUGUUAGAGAAGUUGUGCAAGUCUGUGCCAGAGUUGCAUGGCAAGGUGGAUUUUCAGAAGCUUAGACCGGGAUGUGUGCGAGAUCUUCUAGGAACAUGGCUCCCAUUAGGGGACUGCGUCUUACGGGCAGCAGUAGAGUACUUACCUAGUCCCCGUGCCGCAGCGGCGCAUAGAAUCCCGUUUUUACUAGAGUAUCCGAUCCCAAUGCCGGCGCAAAGCAGUGGCUAUUCGAUGAAGGAUGCAGCGUCGAAACUGUUUAACGCGAUCACGGGAGGUGGCGGCUCGUCCUCUAGUUCAUCUGGUGUUACUGGUGUUGCAGCAGCACUAACAGACGGCUCAUCUGCAGCAAAUCCCACUGCAUUGGAGGGAGAUGGAAGUACAAAGAGUGCUACUAAGCAAGAGGAAGGAGCUGCAGCACCGACCAGUGGCACAUCAACUUCAGAUGUUGUCUCCGGUGUUGCAUCACUCGCAAAGCGUGUUCUUGUUGGCGGUGCAGAGGCCUUGGCAAAAGCCGCUUCCGCAGGCACAACAAGUGCGGAUGACAGCAAGCAUGAGAUUCUUGGCCGCGCUCUUCUAGAAGCCGACAAUUCCGCCGAAUUACCUGCGGUAGCGUACUGUACGAAGUACUUGGGUGCAGAUUUGAGUCGGCAAAUCCUUUUAGGGGAUCGCCUAGUACACGGCUCCGAUGGCAGUGACUUUGUGGGGAUGUGUCGCGUGUUUGCGGGGACACUGAAACCAGGCAUGCUGAUGAUGCAGGCGACUGGAAAACAAGUGCGCUCGAGUCGUGGCAAGACCUGCGUCACAGACGACGCAGGUUCGUCAGAGUCCUCCAGUUCACGCGGUGAAAGGGCCGAAGGAACAAGUGGUACGCCUUUUUAUGCUCCUGCCUCACGAAUCAAGAAUUUGACCGGAGGAGCAGGUGGCCAGAAUACAACAUCUUCUGGUGCUUUUGGUGGUGUCGUUGGAGCAUCUGGCACCACAGAUCGCCCACAGGUCCUCGGAGACGAUCAUCACGACCUAGACGAAGCCCACAUGCCUCACUCGAUCAGCAGUAGUCCUGAGCUAGUCUCCCCCGCUUGUUCUGACGGUCUUUUCACCAGGGAGAGCCCUGUAGUUUUACAGACGCCACCAGUCGCAGGUCAGGACUGGGUAGUUUUGCCUGACCAGGACCUUGGUGCUGGGGCUGAAGAGGGUCCGCUCGUUGAUACGCAAUCUCUGUUUCUCAAAGACUGGACGACCCUACGGAUCGCGAAAGUCUACACAAUCUUGGGAACAACUUUAAUGCCGGUAGAGUGCGCGGGAGCUGGAGCAGUAGUCGCAGUAAGCUUUGAGGACAGCAAGAGCGUCAUCCAUAGGACGGAUCGAUACCUGACUUUGGUCCAGAUGACAGACUCUAGCAAGGGGAAGAUGCGUCGAUUCAAUGAAGCAGUGCAAAAGGGGCUCAAAAGCGCGUCUAGCUCUAAUGCACUAGCAGCUUUGGCGGGAGGAGCUAGUACGAGUGCAACUGCAUCAUCAGGUGGUGGAUCAUCAUCAGGAGCACCAGGAGCAUCAUCAUCUUCUUCAUCAUCUCCAGCGUCGACUAUAUCCUUCGCGCCAGACGAGAGCGAUUGGCUCCCGAUCUUCAAAUCGCCGUAUCAGACUCGAUCUUUUGCCAUUGUGAAGGUGUCUGUGGAAACCAAACUGCUAGAGCACAACUCCUUUCUGCAGAAAGGUCUAGCGCUGUUGCAUCGAAGUGAUCCUUCGUUAGAUGUGUCAACGACAGCUGCUGGCGAACACGUCAUUGGUUGCUGCGGUGACGAACAUUUGAAAAGGUGUGUGAAGGACUUGCAGCAAUUGUAUCUGCCUCCGCAUGUUGCGAUUCAAGUCUCGGAGCCCUUGAUCGCUUUGCGCGAAACCAUCGAUGUUCCAAAGAACGGCUUUGGUUCGGAUCUGAUCACAUUACCUUGGGCUCCGACGCGGGUGCCGAAAGCCUAUCCGGUCGUCAGACAAGUAAAAGGGGACCGGUUCACUGUCACUGUGAGAGCAGAGCCGUUGCCUCGUGGCGCCGGAGCUGAUGAAACGGCAACGUCUUCAGAUACCGAUCCAGAUGCACUUGAGAAAGAGGAGACCGAAGCAGAAUUUCGCACUAGGGUGUCGUCAUUCUUGCCGAAUCUCAUUGCCGUGAGAGUGAGCAAGGGUGCACGGACAGCUCUGAGCUGUCUAGUGACUUUGCCACCAGAAGACAGCUGGGUGAUGGCAGCUGUCGUCUCCGGCUUCGAGGUAGCGUCCUUGCGUGGACCGCUUUGUGAUGAACCUGUGCAAGACGUGCAUUUCAUCGUUGAGAACAUCACUGACAACACUAAAGAGAAGACAUCAGUAGAAGCAGGUGGAGGUGCGGAUGGGCCUGUACCUCCAGGUUCAUCGCGUCCACCCCAACCAGUGUCCCGCGCACAUUUGUCCGGUCACGUCUUAGCUGCAGUUCGCGAAGCUUGUGCGGAAGCCAUGCUGCGUCGCAGCACUUGUCGCAUCGCAGAACCUGUUCUUUUGCUCGAUUUGCAAUGUGAGGGCUCCUCGAUGGGCAAGGUUUACGGAGUUCUCGGAAAAAGACGCUGUCAGACCCUGGAAGAGGGAUUUCGAGAAGGCACGAGCAUUUUUCUUUUGAAAAUCAAGAUCCCUAUGGUCGAAAGCUUCAAUUUGAGUGGAGAAAUCCGACACGUCGCUUCUGGUGACGUUCACUAUCAUGCUCGCUUCCUCAGAUUCGAGACUAUUCCCGAGGACCCUUUCCCGGAGCAAGCGUUGACGCAAGAAGACAUCGAGGUAGAAGGCGAGACGAAUCUUCGAAUGGCGGACAGUGCAACGCACAACAUCCCUAGAAAAAUCUUGACCAGUGUGAGGAAACGGAAGGGUUUGCUGAUUGACGAAAGAGUGGUGAAAGAUGCGCAAAAACAAAGAAAUCUCACGAGAAUGAAAUAAGAGAUGUAAAAUAGUAGACCACAGUAUCUCGGCGCAUUUUCAUCACGACCAAAA